GUGCCGUCAAGAUGGCGGCACCAAGCGCCGUAUAUGCGCGUCUUUGAUACGCGUGCGUUUAUUUUGCGUGUCGCGCGAUGUGAGCCAAACGGUUGCAAGCGGCUCGUAAAUAUCGUACGUUUGAACGCGUUUCGGCCGAAUUCUCCCGUAACGUUGACAAAUGAGACGUGGCGAGCGACGCGAGGUCAACGAGUGCUUACCGAGAGCGCGAUCGAACGAUGAACUAUCUCAACAGUAUAGCAGGCGGCACGACAACCGCCGACUCGGGCCUGCAGCUCAACAAUGUCGAAAUUCUCUACACGAAGGUGCAGAGAAUUUACAUCAAGCCGCAGCAUAAAGAAGAGCGCCAGCGGGAUCUCAGGGUCAACGUCGAGAUUCACGCUGGCAUCAGUCCGGUUUGUCGCAAGAGUUUGUGUGUUUUGCUGGCUGACGACGACGAUCCAUGUUUUCUCUACUCCUUAUUCAUUACUGAGGAUGAUUUUAAAGUGUUGAAAGCGCAACAGGGACUGCUGGUUGAUUUUGAUAACUUUGCCACCCAGUUGAUAUGCUUGUUGGAGCAAUGUCAUAUUCCAGGAACGAGCCAAGUAACGAAAACUCCACCAAAGUUUCUCUUGUUAUUGGCGGAGGAAUCGGGAGAUUGGAAUUUCAAACUUGUAGAGACAAAUAAUUUCAAACAUCUCUGCCACCUCAGUUUAAAUAUAUCACCUGCGAGUGAUUCAGACUUGAAAACACACAUGGCAAUGAAGAUUAAGCAGCUAAAAGAAAAUAUUUCGCAGCAAAGUAGGGAUGCGAUUGGUUUAGAAACUAGAUUAAACGAUUUGACAAGUAAGCUGGAAACAAAAACAAAAGAAUUGGAACAGUUGGAGCAUAGAUAUAUGACUGAGAAGAAUCAGAUACAAUUCAAUUCAUCGCAGCAAAUUAGUAUAGAAAAAGACAGGUUAGCACAAGCACAACUAGAAUGGCAACGACAAAGUGAAAAAGAAAAAAUCCAAGUUGAACAGAGGCAUGCUGAAACUGUGAAACAAUUACAUACAGAACUUGCUGAAUUGCGAACACAGAAUAUGACUUAUAAGGAUAAACAAUCCUUUUUAGAAGCCACUAACGCAGAACAGAUAAAACAAUUGCAGACUCUCGAAAAAGAGCUCAAUAUCGCUGAACGAGAUUUGGUACUACUCAAAAAGCAAAACUCGAAAUUAGAUGUAGAUUACCACAGUAAAGAUGAAGCUGUUAAUAGUUUGCGUACAAAGGUAGCAGUGCUUGAACAAGAAUUGAAAGACAAAACGGUGAUCUCUCACAAGCAGGUGGAAAUGCUGAAAUCGUGUAAAGAACAAAAGCAGCAUUUAGAGGAUCUCUUAACCGAGAAAGAUGGUCAGUUGCAACGCAAACAAAAUUCCUUGAGAAAUCUAAGUGAUGAGUUAGGAAAAGCUAAUGAAAUCUUAAGUAAAUUACAAAAUGAACUUGCAUCAACCAAAUCGAAAUUAAAAUUAAGAACAAGCAUAGCGCUCGAACAGGAAAGAUUGUUAGACAGCAAACAGAAAGAAGUUGGUCAAUUAGAAAACAAAAUGGAAGGUCUUGCCAGAGAUGCGAAAGAUGCGAAGAGUGAAGUAGAUAAUUUAAAAGAACAGAUAAAAACAUUACAACAUCAAUUGGAAGAAAAAGAAAAGAUCAUAAAGAAUAAUGAUAAUGUAAUUAGUUGGCUGAAUCGGAGAUUAGCGGAUAAUCAAUCGCCGCUACAAAGCGCUACUCCAGCUCCGGUUACGAUACCAUCCACUGUUCCACUGACGUUACCUAGAACAAGUAAAUUAUUUCCUAACCGAUAUGAAACACGCACGCCUGCACCCGGCACGAUACAACCUAGUACGUUAUCGGGAUUGCCGAUGAAAAAUCCGAUCGUGCAAAAUCCAAACAUUAAUCAGACGACUCGCACGACAGCUCGAUCGAUGGGUGUCGGUGUAACGGAAAGUUCAGUAGGAUUAACCACCUUUAAUAAAAGCGCUCUGAUCUCGAGUACCAGCACACCUAUGGAGCGUUUCAACGCGUUGAAUAAAGUAUCGGGAAAUCCAACGGCUUCAACCUCGGCACCGGCUAUAAUCGAGAAUAACAAUGGCCCGGCAGUGAUCUCGAAUGGUACAAAAAUGAAAACUGCUAGCGUUGGCUUGCAGGGCGGAUUAAGACGAGCAGGUUUGUCCGACAAACCCAUUUUACCUUCCGCAUAUUUUCCUAAGACUUUACAUUAACCAACUGUUCUGGAGGAAUUGUCAGUACAGAAAUUGGUGAGUGUCAGAAAGACAGUACUUUAAUAAUCAAAACAACAAAAUAGGAAUGACAAAACUGUAAUAUUGUCAUUGGUAUGACAAUAUUACAAAUUUGCCGUCUCGAAAAUAGUACAAAUACUUGUAAGAAUGAUUAGUAUUAUUUACAAGAUAUUUUUUACCAGAUAAAAAUUUUAGACUAUUUUUAAUCCUACGCAUUGGCACCUUUUUAUAAAGAAAAAUGAUAUUGGGCUAUCGUCAACGUAAUCAGAAUGUAUCGAUGUAGGAUUAAUAAUAAUAUAUAAUUAUUUGUAUAUACUGUACUAACAUACUCCGAUCUCUCGUUUACUACGGCAUAAAAUGCAUAUGUAUUGGUAGAUAACUUCUAUUAUUUACCAUAUACUUUAAUAUUUUAAUUAACUUUAACAUUAUUACUAUUAUUAGUAUAAUUUUAUAAUAAAUUUUAUAAUAAAGUCUACUUUUAAUAUAUAAAUAGUACUUAAAGUACAUAAAGUGAAAAAGUUCAGUCGAUAUUUAUAGUGAAGCAUAAUAUACACGCAUAUACAUAAAUCAAGAAUUGCAAUUUAUAAAAUUAACUAUCAAAACAGUUUUUUUUUCAAAUUCUAAAUCUAAAUAAUCUUUUAAAGUAGUUGCAAUGUUAGAGAUUUAUAUUGUUACAAAAAAAAACGUAUUUUUUUAUUAUCGGCAAAUACGAAACGAAUAAUUUUAAAAUUAACAUGGCACAGUUUCUUAUUUUAUCACAAUCACUAUUAAUUAUCAUGCAACUGAUAACUGAUAAUUAAUAUUUUCUUUACUGUUAGAUUAAUAGAUACAUUUAAAGCAUAUUAAUCACGUAGGUACCUGGAAAAUAAUUUUAUCUUUGUGGAUUUUAUGUAACUGUAUAAAUAUUUUUAUAUAUAAAUGGAAAUAUUAAUGAAAAGAAAAA